AUGUGCCCAAGGCGACAUCAAGCGACUGGCGAUUAUCGAGCCCUCAACAGCGCUACCAUUCCUGAUCGGUACCCCGUGUCUCAUCUUCAGGACUUUGCUGGAACCCUUUUCAGCAAAGCGGUUUUCUCGAAGAUUGAUCUGGUGCGUGCUUUUCAUCCGAUUCCAGUCGCCCCUGAGGACAUCCCUAAAACCACUGUCACCACACCUUUCGGUCUCUUCGAAUUCAUCCGCAUGUCGUUCGGUCUUCGUAAUGCCGCCCAAACGUUCCAGAGGUUCAUCGACCAUGUCUUACGUGGCCUACCCUUUGUGUAUGCCUAUAUUGAUGACUUCUUGGUGGCCAGCCGGAAUGAAGAAGAACACAAAGAGCAUCUUGCCUUGGUAUUUGACCGCCUUGACAAUUUUGGCAUUGUCAUCAACCCCUUCAAGUGCGUGUUGGGUGUGCCUUCGCUCGAGUUCCUCGGUCAUCAGAUCGACGCUGAAGGUUUGCGUCCCCUCCCCUCCAAGGUUGAAGCAGUUCGUAAUUGUCUUCCACCAACUUCCAAGCGUCAAUUGCAGCGAUUCCUCGGCAUGGUCAGUUUUUACCGCCGGUUCCUACCGAACUGUGCUGACCUCAUGUUGCCGCUCACCAACAUGCUUUCUGGUUCCAAAGGUCCCCUCGUGCUGAAUGGUAAAGCACUGACUGCUUUUGAGAGAAUCAAGAAUUCCCUUGCCGACGCCACCUUACUCAGGCAUCCAGCUCCCGAAGCUCGGCUGUUCCUGAUGGUAGAUGCUUCGACCGUAGUCGUAGGUGCAGUCCUUCAACAACACCUUGCUGGUUCGGCUCGACCGCUUGCCUUUUUCUCCAAAAAGCUCUUACCAUUCGAGACACGCUACAGUUCAUUUGGCCGUGAACUACUUGCCAUUUACCUGGCUGUGAAGCAUUUCCGGCAUUCCCUUGAAGGUCGGUACUUCACUCUUUUCACUGACCACAAACCAUUGACAUUUUGCACUUCGGUUCCACUCGGACAAGUAAAAUUCGAGGGAAAUCGCUCACCUGGACUACAUCUCUCAAUUCACCACCGACAUCCGCCACAUUGA